AUCGCACAUAGUCUCCACACUUGAACUUCUCUCUCCGACACACGUGAACAUUCUCCACUGUACUGACAACAAUUUUACUCCUGUUGCCUUCAAAGAAACCAGCUCACUAUGUUAUUGUCACGCAUCGUAUUAACUCGCUCAGCAAGCCAACACGACAGACUUACGAGCACAUUAGAGAAACAACAUAAAGCGACUUGCAUCUACCUAUAAAUUUCUGUAGAAGCCAAAACAGAUUUUGUAUACUUUGUUCGUCAGAACAUUUGUCAGUCGCUAUUAAAGACACCGCUGAUUUGGACGUCAGUUUCCGAAUUGAAUUUGUUUGUUUUUCUCGGCAGUUUUUUUAGUAAAAGUUAAUUUAUAAUGCCUGCCAACAAACCCUAUGAGCGCCCAAAGGACUUCAUCGAUCCUGGACUGCCUUCAAAAUGCACAUGGCAUUUAAGCACGAAGGAGAAGACACCACAUACUAAACGCCCAAUCGCUCAUCCUCAAAAGCUUACACCCGAUAUAUUAGAGGUUAUUGGCUGCACACCAUUAGUUAAGUUGAAUCAUAUACCACAAGCUGAGGGUAUCAAGUGUGAGAUGUAUGCAAAAUGUGAAUUUCUCAAUCCCGGCGGUUCCGUGAAGGACCGCAUUGGUUAUCGUAUGGUGCAAGAUGCUGAGGAGAAGGGUCUGCUGAAACCUGGUUGCACGAUAAUCGAACCCACUUCAGGUAACACCGGUAUCGGUAUUGCCAUGGCGUCCGCUGUUAAAGGCUAUAAGUGCAUUAUCGUAAUGCCCGAAAAGAUGUCCAAUGAAAAAGUAUCGGCGUUACGUGCCCUGGGUGCCAAAAUUAUACGCACACCCACCGAAGUGGCCUACGACAGCCCGGAAGGUUUGAUUUGUGUAGCACAGCGUUUGCAAAAGGAAAUACCAAACGCCAUAGUCUUGGAUCAGUAUCGCAAUUCGGGCAAUCCACUUGCGCAUUACGAUGGCACUGCUGCCGAAAUCUUAUGGCAGACAGAUAACAAGGUUGAUAUGGUGGUCGUUUGUGCUGGCACUUGCGGCACAGUCUCCGGCAUUGGCCGCAAAAUCAAGGAAGAAUUACCAAGCUGUAAAGUAAUUGCUGUUGAUCCAUACGGUUCGGCACUGGCACGCCCCGAAACGCUGAAUAAGUCAGACAUCCAGUUUUAUGAGGUAGAGGGUAUUGGUUAUGAUUUUACGCCUACCGUAAAUGAUUACAACGUAAUAGACUCGUGGAUUAAAGUCGACGACAAACAAAGCUUCCCCAUAGCGAAGCGUUUGAAUGCCGAAGAAGCAUUGCUAAGCGGUGGCUCAAGUGGCGCUGCAAUGUGUGCAGCACUGCAAGUGGCCAAAGAUCUGAAGGAGGGUCAACGUUGCGUGGUCAUACUGCCUGAUGGUAUAAGAAAUUAUAUGACGAAAUUCGUUUCGGAUAACUGGAUGGAAGCACGUGACUUCAAGCCAGUAGUAAACGAACACAAUCACUGGUGGUGGGAUACACCGGUAAGUGCGUUGAACUUAAAAGCGCCGGUGGUGCUGAAAUCAGUUGUGAGCUUUGCGAAAGCUAUUGAGACACUCAAGGAGCACAGUGUGACACAAGUGGCGCUCAUAGACGCCGAUGAUGGCACACUUUUGGGCGUUGUACUGCAAGAAACACUUAUCAAUCAAAUUGUGAGCAUGAAUCGUAAGACAGAAGAACCUGUCGUCAAGGCAGUCAACAAGCGUAUUAUACGUUUGCCUUCCAAUGCUAUUUUAGGUAAAUUAGCGCGCAUUUUAGAAUUGGAUCCUUGUGUGGUAAUCGUAGAUAUUGAAGGUGAAAAAGAAGUCAUUAAAGGAAUUGCCACCAAACUGGAUGUUCUUGGCUUCGUUGCACAUGGUGCCCCACAAACUAAUGGCACCAAUGGUCAAUAGUAUCUUACGACAUACAGCAAUGCUUUUAAUGAAACUAUUUAUCUAUUCCGUGAGCUGUUUGUUGUUCGUGGAUUGAGGCUGACUUUAUAAGAUCGUAAGUCAUGUUCCUGCUAAGUGACUUACUUACGUUUUGUUGUAAAAUUUUGCGGACAAUACAAUACAAUUUCAAAAGCUUACAUUAACAGAUCCAUGACCAAGAGACUACGCAAGCAUCACUUGCAAUGAAUUAAUAAUCUCUAAAAACUUAACGGUUUAAUUUGUAAGUUCUUUAGAUUUAAGAUGACACAAUAUUAAAGUAACGGAUUAAAAUUCAGUACUUUAUAUACAAUUUGAAAAGUUUUUAAUAAAAUAAAAAUGAAUAAACAAAAUUAUUUUAUUACCCUCA